CGCUCACCGAGAAGAGUCAAUUUGAACUUAACUUGUGUAGCGGGUUGGGUCUCUUGGUUCUAGUUUUGAUUCCAAAUAUUCUUGGAAUGAUUGAAAGCAAAGUCCGAAGCUUGCAGUAUAUUUUUGAGUUCCCUCAAAUUACAGACCUAUUCGAUGUCUCUGAACGACAAGGGCAGGGUACAUUUGCCUCUGUCUUGGCGGUCAAAAGUAAACAAGAUCCUGAUGAAUCCAAAUACUAUGCUUUGAAAAUGAUUAUCCCAACAGUCGAUGUUCGUAGAAUUGAGAAUGAAAUUCGUAUUCUGAGAAGAUUAGGGUAAUAUUUGGUUACUCAUUUAUACAAUAAAAUACUUUCAGUGGUAAGCAUAAUGUAAUUCAAAUGCAUACAGCAAUGCGGAUUCGUGAUCAUGUCUUCAUUUUAAUGCCUUUUAUUGAUUACAUCCCUUUCACAGUAGGCUAAGGAAUAUUUAUUUCUUAUGCUUCAUUUUUUCUUGUGAGGACUAUUAUCUAACUGCAGAUGAGAAAGAAAUCAGACGAUAUAUGCGCGCACUCCUCUCAGCCUUAGCUCAUGUUCAUAAAUACAAAGUAAUCCACCGUGAUGUAAAGCCUACAAACUUUCUUAUGGAUCAAAAAACAAAACAAUUUUUUCUCGUAGAUUUUGGUCUGGCACAUUCUGAAGAGUUUGGUGAUAUUGAUGAAAGAUGGGAGCGCAAAUUUGAAGUCAACUCAGAUUCAGAUACAAAGAAAAAUGAAUUAAUGAAAAGAGUUUCAAGUUUUUCUCGGUUUCUGCGAUGUUGUAAUAACCGUUUCUUGAGUGUAAUUGAAUUGACAAAUCUUAGCAUACCAGAGAAUAACCAGCGUGUAAAUGUAACAAACAGAGAAAACAGUUAUACUCAUAAACGAGAUUCCAUGGAUUCUAAAAACUCAUUAUUCGCUUAUACGUGCAAUUCAAAAAUCGAUAACAAAUCAACAUUUAAAGGUGCAUCUAUCAAAUCCUCUCAACAAAUAUCAAGUAACCUGACACAAUCUUUAGGACAAGGAGGAUGUGUUUGUGGUUCACGUCUCACUGUAUGUCGUGGUUGUCGACAUUUACCUCGAGCACCGACUGUUCGUAGAGGCGGAACACUUGGAUUUAGGCCUCCAGAAGUAAUGAUGCGUCAUAUCGAACAAACAACUGCUGUUGAUAUAUGGGCUGUUGGGAUUAUAUUUAUUUCCUUCCUUUCCGGUCGUUAUCCUUUUAUAAAAGUAGACGAUGAUUUGGAUGUACUUCAUGCUUUCACUCAUCUAAUUGGAUAUGAACGCAUGCAAAUGGGUGCCAGAAGCAUUGGUAGGAGACUGUUACUUGAUCCUAGACCACCACCUAUGGAAGCUAGUGAUUCACCUGUUGUCUGGCUUAAAACAAGAUGUUCUGCAAUUAGAUUAUAUGAGAAAAAAUUUGCUGGUCUACCUCCUUUAUUACGUAAAACUACAAUAAAGUCAACUAAUGAUAAUUCUAUACAAACUACAGAAUUAUCUAAUGGAAAACCAAUGAUUGCUUUAUCAUCAACUCAUAUAUUUCCAACUUCAGCUUAUGAUUUAUUAGCUCGUUUAUUAGAACCAUGCCCAAAGAAACGAAUUACUGCUUUAGAUGCACUUCAUCAUCCAUAUUUUUGUAAUAUUAAAACUCAACGACAUUCUAGUAUACCAUUAAAAUAUCCAAAUAUACAAUCAAAUUCAUUAUUUCAUAAACGUACAUCUCGUUCAAGUUUAUGUGAAUCAACAACAAAUUUUAUACCAAGACCACAAUUUUGUUGAAAAUGAUUAAAUUAUUGAUUUUCUAAAUUGAUAAUCUUUGUAAUAAAUUUAAAUAUUUAAUCUAAAUGGAUUUUUGAGUCAGGAGAGAUGGGGAUGAAUUUUCCCCAUCAUUGUAUCAUUAAUUCCACCUAUUGGACAUAUCACAGUAAAUUAAUCAUAUUGAUUGAUUGAUCUAAACAUUCAAAUACUGUACAGAGAUUGUAUCUUUCGUAUAUCCUAGUAACAUUGUAAUUAAAGUUUAAAAUAUAUAGUUAUGUUUUAUAAUUUCUUAAUAAUUCACUUUCUA